ACCCUCUUCCUGGUCUAAAGCCUGGCUUGUUCUCUCGUGUUUGAACCUCCCGUAGACCAGUUUGUUAAUCAGCUGAUGUUAAUCCACCGAUGUAUCUAUAUACAUCUCUUCCCCUUUAUCCCACAGCAUAUUUCCCUCUCAGCAUUCGUUCUCAGCGAUUCUUCUUAGCUGGCUUCAAGACUAUUCAAAAGCUUUCAUUUUCCCGUCACGAUCACCAUGUCAUUUUCGGACCCACGCCCAACUCGUCGCUUGCUUCCUACUUGGGUUCCACUCUAGGGCCUGAUGCAUGAUGUUACUCAACAGUCUCUUAGGCUUAUCUCCAAUCUAUCUCCAUUUCCUUCUGCAUAUUCGUUAGGUAACAGGUCCUUGGUUGAUUCACUAUACUGCCAGACUUCUUUGUUACCUAUCCUUUCUUACCUACCGACCAUUUUAUCUUCAGUAUCCAUGCAACUGCGAUGGUUAAUACAUGUGUUACGCAUGCCUAGCCAUCACCUCCCUCGACAGUGGGCAAUGUUAGCUGAUAUAGGGUCAGGUUGGAAAAGAGUCAGUGGUGGUCAAACCAAAACAUGGCUUCAUCAGUCAAUGAAAUCUACAAGAGUUAGUUUAAGCUGCUUAGGAAGUUCCUGACUUCCUGGUUGGGGUCAUCUGGACGGUAAGAACCAAUGGCUGGAGACAAUUGGUGAUAUGGCCCAAAAUCGUUCUCAAUGGCUGGCGCAGAUGCAUCCACUCCUUG